AUUUUUACAUGGUGGAAACAAUUACUUCUGGACCAGAAUGCAAGUGCUCCUGUGUGGCUCCACCUUCUGCUCUCAAUCCCUGCGAAGGGGACUUCAGGCUGAAGAAAUUGCAGGAAGCAGACAACAAGGACUUCAAGUUCAACAUUGCAACCAUUCCAGUACAUUGGCUCUCAUAAGAUCUUAAAUUGAAGUGCCAUCCAAAGAUAAGUCAAGAUUUUAUGUCCUCUUUCCAUAAUCAAGUGUGGAGCGUUCUUAUAUCUGAGCUAAAUUAUUAUUUAAAUAUAUGUAUAUAUAAAUAUUGGGUUUUGAAUUAUCCAAGAUAUAUUAUUAAUGAAUAUGAAUUAUGUACUGAUCAGUUCUGUGUGAAUAUGCUUCUCUCUGUCUAAACAUUUUAUACUUCUUGGCUGCAAAAGGUUUCACCAUGGGUUAAGCUCAGUUUACAUUAUACUGGAUUUCCUCAUCACAAAUUUAUAUCACUUUUAUAUUUUGCACUUCUUGUGGGAAAUUAUCCACUGAAGGAGAUCAUGUACGUGGCAGUGUGUGAUUGAUGCAGCAGGUCUGUGAUGAACGACAAGGGGUAAGGGAAGAAAAUAAUCUUUCUGGAAAAAAAAUCAGAAUGCAUUUUUAAUAUACCCUGCCUUUCUCAGCUGGAAAUAAAAUCUGAUUUUAAAAAAGAACUGGCCAAGCAACAUCCCAACAUUCUUCUUUCUAAUCUUGAUGUACAAAAUCACAUUUAUAUUAGCAUGUUUUUCCCAACAGCUAUAAACUUGGAAAUAUUACAAGUCCAAGAAUUGUGUUACUGGAUCACAUCAGUGGAACCUAUUGAAUUGCUAUUGGCAUUAGGAGGCAACAGCCCCAUUUAGAGAUAUCUAAAGCACAGCAUAAAAGCAGUGGCAGUCCCUUGAGCUGUUAUUUUCCACAUCUGGUACAGAUUCUGAAAACGGAGGGUUCGUUUAAUGUUCUGCUUUAUUUGGUUUGCAGUCCAGUUGUUAUCACCUUGGGACCGGAUCCUCCAGGUGACUGCUUAAAUUUACUUGGAUUAUCCUGUUAGGGAAAAGAAAGCCUGUUCUACAAGGCUGAGCCAAAAAUGCAGGCAGCAACCAGCUUCACGUACUUGUUCUGGCAAUGUUGUAUUGUUUUAUUUUCUGCUUACAAGUGUUUAGCUGUCCAAAACGUAACUGGAGAUCAUUGUUACAGUUUCUCGAGCAACGUUGUCCUUGAAGGGCAUGACGAAAUCUGAGCCAUCAGCCCUUCCAAAUGUGAGCAGCCUCAAAUAAACUGUAAUCCGUUUAACAAUUUGACCAGCUAACAUCUGUUUCAACAGAGUAACCAGGUGACAUGGGACAAUAUUCCAUUUCUGAAAGAGUCACUAGAAGAACAUUAUGAAAACCUACUGCAACAUCCUUUCCCUAUUUUACCAUUCUGUUGGCAAAUGAUAUAAAUUCCCCAAACUUUGGGUGACUCUAAUUAUUUGUAGUUUCUUUAAGGCAUAACUGUACGGUUAUGCCUUUCCCUAUAGCAAUGAUCUGUUAAUGCAAAAAUAAUUUAUUUCAUACUUACUCCACCUAUUUUUAAACUUUUUUCCUCAUUUGUCAGUUGUAUAUUCCUCGGAAAUAGCCUCUUUAGAACUAAAAAUAUAAACAUUUGGAAGGAUGGUUUUCUCUUGAUUAAAGCAAUGUUAAGCUGUCCCCUGUGUAUUAUAUGGACUGAGGCCAGUACUUGCUGGAUCCCAGGUUUGAGAAUAAGUCUCCCAUUGAUCCUAGAUGUUCUUCUUCCCAUUUUCCAAUGGAAUAAAUGUCUCUUGGUAGCAAAAGAAACAGAAUCAUACUUUGCAUCUUAGAACCUUCUUAAUGGGUCACCACUGCAGAGAAUCCGGGCAAGUCAAGGUUGACUCAGCGUUCCAUCCUUUCUAAGCUUGCAGCUGUCAUUGAGAUGCUAGAAAAUGCUUUCUAUGGUUUAGACUUGCUAAAACUGCAUUCUGUUACAACGAAACUUGUGGGUCGUGUGGAGAAACUGGAAGAGAAAACAUCUAGAAACCUCACCAAAGACAAUAAACAGAAGAGACAGAAUGCAGAAGAAAGUUUUCAGGAGGUGGAUAUUGAUAGCACAAUUAAUUCUUCCAACAACCAUGCUGACAGCCAGAGUUCAUUGCAGAGGGAUGCUGCAGCAGUUUACACACUCACAGAGGAAAAAUAUGGAGAUGUUUUCCUACAUGAUGAAAAGGCUUCUCGGCAUAUAAACUCUGCUGAGUCGUUGCAUUAUGCCCUUCCAGCUACAGGGGCAAUGAAUCCAAAGGCAGUUUCACCAAGAAAACUUCACGUGAGGAGCAGGCCUCCCACCCAGCAGAACAUUGUCCGAGAAAUCACCUACUAUAAGGCCAAAGAUGCUGAAACAGAAAAUGACCUUGAAGAACCAGAAGAAGACUCUUCCAGUGGUGAUACUAUAGAUUUGCUGAUUGAGGACCAACUUUUGCAACACAACUACCUGUCAAAUGUUCCUUCAAGGAAACCACCACCUAUGGAAGAUCUGCUUUUACAUGGUGAUAGUCAACUCCCGAAGGGGCAUGUUACAAGCACUGCACCCAGUGGAAAAGAAAUGUCUGCGAGCAUUAGCACAACAACAGAAGCACCACUGUCUUCCACAGACAGGGUGCUUCCUCUAGAAUCAAUCCCAGUCACUACCUCAUCAGUUGUCUCUACUACCCAAGUCCCAGAGACCACAUCAACAGCUGAAUUUCCAGUAACCCCAUGGACCUUGAAGACACUGUCUCAGAUUGCCACUCAGGCCCCCACAAUCACAACUACAGCAGAACAGGACACAGCUACUAUGGGGGGCCCCAUAAUUAGCAUGACCACAACAGAUUUCCACAUACAGAUGACGCCUGAGCCUACCAUGAUCGAAACUGUGACCUCUCCAGCCUCUGUGAAUCCUAGCCUUACUGUCACACCAAAAUAUAGCCUCGAUGAGGAAGAUAUCAGAAACAGCAUUGGUCAAUGCAAGGACACUUUGUCCACGAUUACUGGGCCAGUAAUUCAGAAUACCUAUGGGCGGAAUGAAGGUGCUUGGAUGAAGGAUCCAGUUGCCAAAGAUGAGCGAAUCUAUGUCACCAACUAUUAUUAUGGCAAUACCUUGAUGGAAUUCCGGAAUCUGGACAGCUUCAGACAAGGUCGAUGGAGUAACUCGUACAAGUUGCCCUAUAGUUGGAUGGGAACAGGCCAUGCCGUUUUUAAUGGUUCUCUGUACUACAACCGAGCCUUCACCCGCAACCUCAUUAAGUAUGACCUAAAGCAGCGCUACGUGGCUGCCUGGGCCAUGUUGCAUGAUGUAGCUUAUGAAGAGGAGACCCCUUGGCGGUGGCGCGGCCAUUCAGAUGUAGAUUUUGCUGUGGAUGAAAAUGGCCUAUGGAUCAUUUAUCCCGCCAGUAAUUAUGAUAGCUUCAACCAAGAGGUGAUUGUCCUCAGCAAACUCAAUGCCAUGGAUCUGAGCACCCGUAAGGAGACCACCUGGCAGACAGGUCUGCGCAAAAACUUCUAUGGCAACUCCUUUGUCAUCUGCGGUGUCCUCUAUGCUGUUGACAGCUACAACAAGAGAAAUGCCAAUAUUUCAUAUGCAUUUGACACGCACACCAAUACCCAGAUCAUCCCUCGUCUGCUCUUUGAGAAUGAGUAUUCCUACACCACUCAGAUAGACUACAACCCCAAGGAUCGGCUCCUUUAUGCUUGGGACAAUGGCCACCAGGUUACUUACAACGUCAUUUUUGCUUAUUAAGGACACAAGGGAGUGAUUUUAAUGGGCCACAGCACCUUUUUAUAUAAACUUGUUUGCUUUUAAUUCUAUAAAAUCAGAGUAAAUGUGUGGGUUUAAACAUUUUUAAAAAAAAUAAAAUUGGACUGUAGAACAGUCUAUAUACCGAAUCAACCUUUUUAUUUUGGGCAUAACUUUUUUAUAUGGAACAUACUGCCUAUCCUGAGACAAUGGGACCUAUGUCUUCAUUAACUCUGCCAAGGGCAGACACCCCAAAGGGGAAAACCACACGUCUUUUGCCUUUAUUAUUGUAAUAGAAAACUUGGUUUGGAUGAGAAAACCCUCUAAAGUUAACAUUUUUUAUAAUAAAAUAUCAGUGUUGAAACUCAGUAAA